AUGGCAUCCUCUUCUUCAAAGUUCACACAAAGCAAAUACGAUGGAACGGAGAAUCGUCUUGGACACGCCCAAAUCCUUCAGCUCCUGAAGUUCUGUCUCAGGACGUACUUCACGUUCAACGGGGCAAUCUACGAACAGGUGAAGGACACAGCAAUGGGUUCGCCGAUUUCGGGAUUCAUCGCCGAGAUGGUCCUGCAACGGUUAGAGUCGCUGGUCUUCCAACACCACAAACCGAAGUUCUGGGCCCAAUAUGUGGAUAAUGCCUUCGUCGUUAUCGACCGGAAUCAACUGCUUACAUUCAAGGAACAUCUGAAUGCGGUCUUUUAG